AUGACAUCCUCACUCUCCCUGGCGUAUCCCCUACUCGGUUCCUACGGCCAUAUUAAAAGUACUAAUGCUUUAAUAGAUUCAUCUCCAAGGUUUUGUGAUGUCGGUACAUCAACAGAUUUUGACAUUCCUUUAUUUCAGAGUCUUAUGAUGGACAAUGAAGCACUCUCGGCCUCAAACUCCGGCUCACUGUCAGGUGCCAAUGUGAUGGUAGAUGGUUAUCUGCGGGGAACGUGCAUCUCAAACAUCAGGAAAAGCCAUGCCAAUCCCUUCCAAAGUCCUGGUCAGUUGACGUUUUUAGAUGAAAACAGGCAGUCAAAAGGAAGUCAUGACAGACUCACUGAGCACAAUAGAACCGCAAGGAAAUUUCGCAAGUCGACAUCAAAUAUGAGGGAGUAUAACAUGCAGUAUAAUGGUCUCACAAUCAUUCCUUGGGAGGAGUUUGUGUCAAAUCCUACUCAGCUCAAUGAUUUGUUUCACUUAGAAAAGACUGGCUUCAUAACAUUUGACCCUGAUGAAGUAAACGUCUUCUUUCAUGCCACAAGAAUGAAUAAACCCCCGCUUGGCAAUAUCAGCGAAAACGGCAAGGCUUGGGUUUUGACCGUAGAAAAUAGCCGUGAACUUGAAGAGCUUAGAUUGUCACUUACGGAGAGAAUAUCAGUUUUUGGGUUGACCUUAGUCAGAAAACAAUCCAAACAAAAACAACGAGCCCCGUGUUUGCUGAUGCUCGAGCCCACUGGUGGCGUUCUUGGUGAGCAGCUGAAUGCCCAUAUAAUGAGGUGUUCAAAAAUCAUGGAGCAACAAGGAAAAUUUUGCAUUGAGAUAUCCUUUAAUGGGUCAGUUGAGCGAUGGUGCAGAAAAGUUACAUCGACAAAGUGUGAGUCAGUUGGUGCCAAACUUUUGAUUACAAAUGGUGAUGAACCUGAGAAUCUAAGGACCCUGGAGAACAUCCUCUGCUGUGUUAUAUGUCUUCCUAUUUGGGCAAUACAAACCGCAGUCAUCAAGUUGCAUCGAGAAGUUGCUUAUCAAGAUUUAUCUGCGUCAUUCGAUGCCGAGGAAAUUCUGUUGCAUGGUUCUGUUGGAGGCAUUCAGAAUCAGAGAAAGCAAUUAUUUAGAGAGCUUCCAACCUCCACAGUUUUCUACACGAAAUCCCAAGAAACCCCGACAGAAGAUCAGGGGCACAAAUACAUUUGCAUCAAGAAAUAUGAUAAAAAUUUUGCAAAUGUCUUAGAUGAUAAUAUAAGCCACGAAAAUCAGUACGAAACUACAAGUAUUUAUCAAAUGUUUGAAGAUAAACAUAAAAGAACUUCAUUCAAGCUUAAGGAAGAUAGGAAAUCACCAGAAUUGACGGUCAGUAGAAACACGGACAUAAAGAUUGCUCCACUGUCAAAACAGUUGCCAAGACAUUCCCGUAAGAGCAGCGACGACACAAACGAAGCACAUUCAGCAAGACACAGUGAAAAUACAGUCUCCCAAAUUUAUAUUGACCACACACAAGAUUUACACUGCAUCGAAACAUAUGACGAAAAAGAUGACGAUGAAAAUGAUUUGAUCACCACUAAAAUUCACGAACCUGUUAAACAAAAUCGUUUGCUUAAAUACGAGAGGAAAGAAUCUAAUGAUGAAAAGGAAAUUAGAAAAACACCAGUUGAAAAUGAAAUCUUUGGUAUAAGAGAUGACUUUACAAAAAGUAUAAAUUAUCAAGAUCAGCCCGAUAUUAUCGACGAUGUAUCUCCGAUUUCAGAUAGCAAUCGAUAUAGCGUUCAAAAUUCCUUCAGUGAAAGUGGAAAGGACAUCGUAGAAGACUUUGGCCAGCAAAAUGAUGUUAAAAAGAUCAAUACGAUUGAGGGUGUUGGACAAUUUGAAAAGUCUGGUGAUAAAUUUCAAGAAAAAACAAAUGGACUAGAUGAUGUUUCUUCUAACAACACCAAUGAAUGGGAUAUGGACAUUUCUGAUUUAGAAUCUGAAAGUUCAAUUGAAACAGAAACUGAAGUACAAUCAAAUACUGAUUCAAAUACUGAAGUGAAACAGCCACACCGCCAUAACAUUCAGAGGAGGAAGGGUCCAAGAUAUGACUCCAGAAGGAAGUAUCUCAGUGUACAUACCCCUAAAAGAAACCCAAGAACAAGUCUGUCAAACGCUGACAGUAUAGGAUAA